AUGUAUGAUUUUCUUGAACUUGAUAAACAAGUCACAAUGCUGAAAGGGACCAUUGAUAUGGCAUAUUCGGCACAUAAGGAAUCAAUAAAAACAGAAAUUCGAUCUUUUAAAAAUCAGAAACAUUGCGAAAAAUGUAAAGAGGUAAUUGAAAAGAGAGUCGAAUUAGAUCAAUACCUUGAAAAGAAAAAGAAUAAGCAUAAAGAGGAGACUAAUCAAACGAUUGAUAAGUAUAUUGAUCAGGUUCGCGAUUCAAUAUUCAUAGAGCUUAAACAAAUGCUUGAUGCUAUUUUAAUACGAAAUAAACUUUCAAAUGAACAUCAAAAAUUUAUUGACAAGCAACUUGAAAACGUAUUAACAACGCGGAAGAAACUUUAUAAUAAAGAAGAUUGUGAACAAGAAGCCAAUAAAAUAUGGGAAUCAUUAUAUAAAGAAAUAUUAAUAUCACUAAAAAACGAAGACUCGACUAUUGAUGUGAAAAUAAAUGUUGAGGUAACCGAGAUCAGGGCAUAUGAUUAUCUUGACCAGGUUAAAAAGUUAAAGCUAUCUUCGUAUCUCGACCGAAAUAACAUAACAUUAAUUAAAGAAAAAAUCAAUAAUAUGAUAAAUCAAAAUUUAUCCGGAAUAGAUCAUUUUCAUACUGGAAUUGUGCAUCUUUGGAAAAUAUCUAUUAGGCCUAAAUUUAAGAUAAAUGUUCACGCAUACGCAUUGUUGAAUUUUAUUAAGAAAAUGAUAACAAUUCAAGACAAAUGGGAUAAGGAAAAUACACCGCUUGGGAUUAAUAUUCGUCUUCAAUACAGACAUUCACAUUUAUCUGAAGGCCAUAUUGCGGGUGACUUUUUAUUGAGAGCUAUUCAUAAAAAAGCGAUAGAUGCAGAAUAUAGGGAUCGAAUAAAUUUUUUGCGCGGCAAAGCUUGGAUAAACAGUUCCAAAACAGUUAGGCUUAAAUAUUUUAUUGAACUUGCUGAACAAGUUCAUAAUGGUGACCUAAAUAAAGGUGUUCUACACUUUUCAGUACCACGUGAAAGUAUUGAAAAGUGGUUUGAGAAUAAAGUUAAUCUAGAUGAAAGAACAAAUCAAGGACAAAUUUACAAAGAAACCUUUGAUACUGAAUUUGAUGAUGUUCGUCAGAAAAUUCAUAAUUGCAAAAGUUAUGAAGAUGUUGAAAAGUUUGUAAACAAUUAUAUAGUACAAGUUGAAGGUAUUGAAUAUCAAUUAAAUAUUAAAGAUAAUUCAAUUACUGAAAAUUUUACAUUAUUCCGUGAAGCUAUAGAGAAAGAGCUUGAUGCAGAGAAAGAGCUCAGUAUUAGAGGAAAUGCUUUGUGUUGUGGGUUAAAAGAGCAUGAUAAAGAUGUUGGCGAAUAUAAAUUUCAUCAUACUAGCCAUCAGCCACCAGGUCUUAAUGGGGUUAGUUAUAGAGGCAUAGAAAAGCUUACUGUAAAGGCAUGUCAUAACAAAUUAGAUGCAGAUUAUGUAUAUAUUUGUGAUGUGCGUAAAAAAUGGAAGGAGGCAAAGACUCAAAAUUACCCAAAUUGGAAAUUUGAACCCCAUUGUAUGAACGUUUUUAAUGAUAUUAUGCGGUGGUUUUUUCAAAUGCUUCAGCAGAAUCUCUAG